GCAUGGGUCUCUUGCGUUUUAGUUUGCCUUAAAACGAUCUUGUGUUACUUGUGCGAAAGACUUUGUGUUUAUUUUUGUGACUUUUUUAUUUCCUUGGAUUACCACUUGUGUGUGCUACGGUUAUGAUUCAAGACAUGGCCAAGAACUACUCUCAUUGCCCUCUCAAAAAGAGGCCCGUACCCAUCAUCGAAGACAUUUCAGAUGAACCUGAAAACUUGAGCACCAAACCAGAAGACUUAAGCAGAUUUGGUCGCCUUAAAUCAGAGUCUCCCGUCUCAACUCCAGAGUCGGCACCUCAAUCACCAUUUUCCACCGUUCUCACAUCACCUCCAGGAUCUCCCCCAAGAUCCUCGCCAUCACCCCAACACUUCUACCAACCCCCCAUAAAAGUAGAGGCGCAUUUGCCUUACCCAGCUCCAAUAAGCCCGGAAUAUGCACCGACGAAUUGGCACAGAAGUGUUGCACCCAUGUACCACCCUUAUUCAUACAUGCCUUACCACCAUCACUACGAUUACGCCGCCAUGGGACCGACUUCGCCUUACAGUGAUAACUCCCUAUCGCCGCCUCAUCACAUGCAACAACCUCUUCAACCUUUGGCCCUCAGGCCGACCACAAACUUCUUAUCUUUGGAUCAGCAUUCACUAAGCCCGAACUCAUCGACGACAUCGCCCUCUCCCGACGUAGAAGAUCUGUCGGAAAAAAGACUAAAGGGAAUCAGACACCAGUGUCCCGACUGCGGAAAAAGCUACUCGACCUUCUCCGGCCUGUCGAAGCACCGUCAGUUCCACUGCGCUGCAGGAGACGGCCCCAAGAAGUCAUUCAGUUGCAAGUUUUGUGAAAAAGUAUACGUUUCUCUUGGUGCCCUAAAAAUGCACAUCCGAACCCACACCUUACCCUGCAAGUGCUCCAUCUGCGGGAAAGCCUUCUCGAGGCCUUGGCUGCUGCAAGGACACAUCAGGACCCACACGGGUGAGAAGCCUUUUUCGUGCACCUUCUGCAACAGAGCCUUCGCUGACAGGUCGAAUCUCAGAGCCCAUCUCCAGACCCACUCGGAUGUUAAGAAGUACUCUUGUACCUCGUGUAGCAAAACCUUCUCCAGAAUGUCUUUGUUGACGAAACACAACGAGGGUGGCUGCACGAGCUCGCAGAUUCUUAUGAAAAACGAGCAAAUGUAUGCCUGUUGAUUAUCACGUUGAAAUUCAUCGAGAACAUUCCUUUUGUGGUUCCUUUUUUCGUUAAACAGUAUUUAUUCCCAUUAAUUCACACAGUGCCUUUUUGACAAGACUGAACUACUAAAAAAAUUAUGUACAAAUGUCUCCUACCACGUUGUGUAUAUUUUAG